GAGUGGCCGCCAGCCGCCGCGCGCGCGCCAGUCAGUCGAUGAUCUCUGCUCGAGGCAGACACACUAUCGCUGAAGCGACCGCGAACGAGUUAAUUCGAUAGUUUUCGGAUUGUUAUGCAAAGGUGCACUUUAAAACAGUGACAGUUAUUAGUGAUUAAUGAAACACAUACAUCAUAUUACGUGAGCUUGGUGUCAAGAUGAUCACGUGAGUGUUGUGACCUGUGCAGUGACAGUCGGUGUACAUGUGUGAGAAGGCGCGGAAGAUGACCAACAUCACGCCCGAGACGCGGAUUAUGAUGAUGCGGACCCCGGACGCCAGGAACACUUACAGGAGGCAGAUCCUGGCGGCCCUGGCGGUGUCAUUAGGUCCGUUCGCGGCGGGUCUCAGCAAGGGUUACAUGUCGCCCGCGCUCGCCUCCAUGCAGGACGGGAAGCAACUGCAGGGCUCCUUCUCCGUGAGCGACCAGCAGGCCAGCUGGAUCGCGAGUCUCAGUUUAUUAGGAGCUUUCAUUGGCGGCAUCAUGGGCGGCCUGGCUAUGCGUCUCGGCAGGCGUACGGUCCUGCUCACCACGGCUCUGCCGUACACGCUGACGUGGCUGGCGACAGCGCUGGCUACCAGCGUCCGGAUGAUCUCCAUUGCCUCCUUCUGCGCUGGGAUGUUGGUCUGCUGCAUCAACAUGGCUACACUGGUAUACGUGACUGAAAUCGCAGUGCCAGAAAUCCGCGGCUGCCUCAGCUCAGUGCUGAAGAUCCUCAGCCAGAUCGGCAUCCUGAUAUCCUUCACUCUCGGCGCCUACCUUAACUGGACGCAGCUCGCCCUGAUGGUGGCCGCAGCACCCAUACUGCUGUUCUUCGCUCUCUUCUUCAUUCCCGAGACUCCCUCCUCCCUCCUAUUGAGAGGGAAAGAGCAGGAAGCAGAAGAGUCCUUACAGUGGCUGAGAGGACCCGACGCCGAUGUCCGACAAGAACUAGCCACGAUUAGAACCAAUAUCCUGGCCAGCAAAUUGGCUAACGGAAGCCACACUAACAAGUUCAAGGUGCUGCUGUCCAAACGUUUGACGAGGCCAGUGCUCAUCACGUGCGGGCUGAUGUUCUUCCAGAGGUUCACUGGAGCGAAUUUGUUGAACUUCUACGCUGUUGAUCUGUUCAAGAAGACGCUUAGUUCUAUGAACCCUCACGGAGGCGCGAUAGCUGCAAGUGUCGCGCAGCUAUUAGCCUCUUGUCUCUCUGGAAUGCUGAUAGACAACGUCGGUCGUCUCCCACUCCUCAUGAUCAGUGGCGUCAUGAUGUCGAUAGCGCUCGCCGGCUUCGGAUCCUAUGCUUACUACUUCGAAGAAGUGUUCAGGAACACGACAAAUACAACCCAGAUCGGACAGGGCACGUAUCUGGAAUCAUCCUACGACUGGAUACCUUUACUCUGUGUCCUCACUCUGACGAUAGCAUUUUCUUUGGGUAUCGGACCUAUAUCUUCACUCUUGGUUGGAGAAUUAUUUCCUCUCGAGUACAGGAGUACCGGCAGCGCUCUGGCGACGAGUUUCAGCCAUCUCUGUGGGUUUGUGAACGUGAAAACUGCCACCGACUUCCAAAACCACAUCGGCCUGUACGGCUUAUUUUGGAUGUACUCCGGUAUAUCAGUGCUGUGUCUGCUAUUUGUGGUGUUGUUUGUACCUGAGACUAAAGGGAGAGAAAUAGACGAAAUGGACCCAAAAUAUGUGGAGUCUUUGUGCAUUAACCGAUAGUUACAUCCUCAAGCUAUUGGAUGCAAACCUUUCUACUGGAGUUCCCUCAUUAGUCGCUCCAGAAAUGUUUUUCGGAGGUCUUGAUUGAGUGGUCUCAUCGAUUUGAGAAGUGUGUAGCCAGUUACUGUAAUAUUGUCUUGUAGGCGUACAAGAGAUGUAUGUCAGUAUUAUUUAUGUUUAAUAGUGCCUUUAUGAAGUUCCUCUACGCAUCACGUUAGUGGUAGGUAUACAUUGGCCUCAGGCUGGCCCUGCGUUGGCCUCAAUUUGGCCUAAUGGCCUCUAACUGAAUGGACUUAUUUUUAGUUGAAAUUGUUUGAAAUGUCACUCGGAUUAUAUUUACGAUUAAAUACAUUUUAAUAGUUAAUGAAUAUUUACUGUAAGGGUCUUUAGCCAAAUUAUACUAAAUGAAAUCUAAAUGAAAUACUGAAUGAAUGAAAUAUAUAUGGAUAGUCUAAUCUUAGAAUUUAAAUUGGUUCUUUCUCGAAAUAUACUCAGUUAAUACUAUUGUAGAUACAAAAUAUACUUUUAUCUCUUUUUUUAUAGUUAAGUAUUAAGAAAAAUCAACUAGCAAUUGAGUAUUUAUGAGAAAAAAAAACAAUAUAUUUUAAGAUUUGUGUAGAAAUUAAGCAAAUCCAAUAUUACUAAAUGAAGGGCUUCCAAACGUAUAUCCGAGUGUACAUCAGAUCUGAGCCAGGGGUUAUUUAUUGUAAAUAUAGCUUAGAGUCUAGUACGGGUAUGACAUGUGUAAAUGUAUUAUGUUUAUUAUUCUACGUGCGUUCAUUGUACCAAUAACAUCACUGCAGACAUUUUUUUUUAUUGAAUGAAUCCUCAUUCGGUAACACUAAAUCGAAAGUCACCUUUCUUUUCAGCGUGCCAGGUUCAAAAAUCUAUUGACAUUUUUUAAUAAUUUUGAGGAAAUUGUUUUUAUUUUGGCUAUUUCUCAGGCUUAAAUGUUCUUUGGUGAUAAUUACUUAGGUGAGUCAAGUAUUUGUUAAUUGGACAUAAAAAUAUAAAAUCAUUGACAAAUAUAAUAUUAGGUCACUAGAAAACAGCUGAAUAACUUCGUUUGUAUGUAAUUUUGUUAAAGAAUGUGUUGGCCUGGUCCACUUGAAGUAUACGGGCCAAUGUACCUUUAAAAAUAAAAACACGCCUCAGUUGUAUGUAGAUGUAAUAUUGGACGUUGAAUGCAUAGAAAUGGUUAUAUUUAACGAUUUAUAUCGUUCUAGGUAAAAUGUGUGACGUCACCGUUUGGUGCUAAAAGGUGCCUUUGCAUUUCGAAUAUCUAAAUGUUAUAACAAUUGUAUAUAGAUAUGUUACUUUUGUAUAUUUUUAUGAACUAUUUAUGUAUAGACGUAGGGUUGUGAGCGGAUUAGUAUUACAACGCCAUCUAGCGACGAACGAAGUAAAUGUGUUUUGUUAAUACUAAAUUAAUUGUUUGUUGGUCUUUAUAAACACUUAUUUACACAUAAUAUUUUAUUUGAAUAACGUUUAUUAAUAUCAUACAUUAAAUUUUACAUUUAAAUUAUACAGAAGAUUGAUAAAUUGUCGUGUACCGCCAUCUAUUGACAAAAAAUAGAAUUAUAUUUCAAUUACCAGUAUUUUCAUUGGUAAUUUGGUUAUUGUUUGUUACAAAGUCGACGCUCAUUAUAACGAAUUUGUUUUACAACAGUACGUUGCCAUAAAUGUAUGCUAAAUUAAUAAUUUGUACUUAAAAAGUCGAAUUUAAGUGUUUCAAUAAAACGUCUGAAACUGA